AUGUCAGGAAUGUAUGAACGACGGAUUGGACCAUCAGAUCUAUCAGCGCCAGAAGUGAGUAAGGGCAAAGUAGAACUCAACGAAAUUAAUCAGAAUGACACAAGCUCGCUGAACUUACCAAUUCGAGGAAUAAGUAGGGGACAAACAAGUAUAGGAAAUAUCCCGAAGAAAAUGUGGCUUAAGAGGUAUGAAAAUGAAACGUCCAGCAUCCAAACAAUCGAAAGGAAACAGUCCAAAGGACACAAAGGUAACAUCAAAAGGAAGCAUCCAGAGCGUUCGACUCACGCGGUUGAAAAGCGGUUCAAAUGCGAAACAUGCGCGAAGAGGUUCAUUUCGUCAUGGAAUUUGCGUGUACAUGUGAGGACUCAUACCGGUGAGAAGCCGUUUUCUUGUCCGGAAUGCACGGGGAAUUUCACCGAUAAAGCGAAUUUGGAUAAACAUAUGAUGAUUCAUACCGGUGAGAAACCGUACAAUUGUUCAAA